UGCGGUGUUAAAAAAUAAACGAAAUCCAUUUUGCAUUUAAAGAAAACCCUGCUCGUGAAGCUGUUAAAAACUCGAAAACAAUAACGUGCUACGAAUCGGAAUGCCAAAAGAGAGAAACAGGCAGAGCGAAAGAAGAGAAGACCGCAAAAGGCAGCGAAGCGAGCGCGGCUUAAAGAACGAGUGAGCAAAACAAACAAGCCGAGGAAAAAGAAAAAAAACGACGUUUCAAGUGAAAGUCGAACACAUAAACAGAAAAGGAGAAGAGGAGAAGGCGAACAGCAAAUUGGUUAUUUCUGACGCGUUAACACGGCUCGGAACCGCUGGAACUCAAAGUCAGGCGCCGAGCAAUUGGAGUCCACGGCAGUCAGUUGGCCAAGAUCGCGCGAGAGGCUUAGACACGCAGCACUAACCCAGUAACCAGACAUUCAGAUCGGUCUCUACUAAGUGAUCGAGUAAAUAUAGUAAGCCUUAGCUCGGGAAAUGUGCGAAAUCGCCACCUGACAGCCCAAAAGUUUGGUAACACCGAAGUAACACCAGUUCCCAGCAUUGUAGCAGCCAAAACAAUAUCAAAUUGAAUCCGAUUGCCCGAAGAUAGCCGCAGUGAAACCAGAGAAUCAACUCGAUCGUUUUGCCAGCUAUGUCGGAGGCUGCCACGCCCCCAGGAUCAGGAACUGAACGAGGAGCAGUCCCAGGAUCGGUAUUUCCACCUGGUUUCGAUCCCACCGCCGAAUCGGCAGAGAAGACCCUGUGCUUCCGUGGCUUUUGGGCCUGGGCGGUGCUAAUUCUUCUGAUCGCCAUCUGCGUUUCGGUCUUCAUGUGGCUGCUGCGCAAGUGCAUCCAAGGUCCGGCCUACCGGAAGGCCAACAGAAUCGAUGGCAAGGUGGUGAUCGUCACCGGCUGCAAUACGGGAAUUGGCAAGGAGACGGUCCUGGAGCUGGCCAAGCGAGGUGCCCGGGUGUACAUGGCAUGUCGGGAUGCGGGACGUUGCGAGGCCGCCCGUCUGGAGAUCAUGGAUCGCAGUCACAACCAACAGCUCUUCAAUCGCACCUUGGAUUUGGGCUCCUUGCAGUCGGUGAGGAAUUUCGUGGAGCGAUUUAAGGCGGAGGAGUCGCGAUUGGAUUUACUAAUUAACAAUGCUGGGAUAAUGGCCUGUCCGAGAACCUUAACCACCGAUGGUUAUGAGCAGCAGUUCGGAGUCAAUCAUCUGGGACACUUCCUCCUCACAAAUCUUCUACUAGAUCGAUUGAAACAAAGUUCCCCCAGUCGAAUUGUGGUGGUCAGUUCGGCGGCUCAUCUGUUUGGACGAAUUAACCGAGAGGAUUUGAUGAGCGAGAAGAAGUACGGCAAGUUCUUUGGAGCCUAUAGUCAGUCCAAGCUGGCCAAUAUCCUGUUCACCCGCAAACUGAGCACGAUCCUCAAGGACUCGCGGGUAACGGUGAACUGUUGUCAUCCGGGCGUGGUGCGCACGGAGCUGAAUCGCCACUUUGCAGGACCCGGCUGGAUGAAGAGUGUCCUGCAGACGGGCUCCCUGUACUUCUUCAAGACCCCGAAAGCGGGGGCGCAGACCUCGCUGAGAUUGGCCCUAGAUCCGGGAUUGGAGGGCUCAACUGGUGGCUACUAUUCGGACUGCAUGCGCUGGCCCUUGGUGCCCUGGGCUCGGAAUAUGGAAACCGCCGACUGGUUGUGGCGGGAAAGUGAAAAAUUGGUGGGACUUCCGCCGAUAGAGCCACCACCGUCCAACCAAAAUCAAAACCCAACCCAAAACAGUAAUGGCACCCAAAAUGGUGGUGCUGCCAAUGGAACCCGGGAAAUGCAGUCCGUCGAAACAGUGGUGGUCAACCGUUCGUAAUCGUAGUCAAACGUCCUUGAGACAAAGGGUUCCAUCCAGUACAGACCUUACUCUUAAUUUAUUCUUAAUAAUAUUGCGUGUUUAAGUACCCUUGGGAGUCUUCCCAAACAAUUAACAGUCGAUUUCGAAACAAGGCCAAGUCCGUUUGUUUUUUUGAGCAAGCUUAAGUCUUAAUUUUAUAGAAGAAAUUCUUUAGAAUUAUGAAGAGCCCGGAAAAACUUUAUACGUAUACUUAAUAUUGGUGGUAUGGCCAAUAAAAAUAGGUCAACCUACUACUAAGUUUCCAAGGGUAUUUGGUCUUCGGUCAUCGAAGUUAGCUUUUUAAUACUCUUAUUUUUUUGUUUUAUUCUGUACAUAAUUUUAAGCAAAAGAAAACCCAUUAAAAUAAAAGUUUAACCUGA